AAACAACGAGGAAAGUUUUCAUUCCCUUCAAAACUGUCCUCUCUUUCGACACCGAUUUGAUAAAAGAAGGCUAUAUAUAUAUAUUUUUUAUUUUCGUGUAAUUGAGAUCGCCGCCAUGGCUGCUAUGGUGGUGUUUCUGAUUACCCUUUCGGUUCUUUUCAUGAUAUUCUUGGUGUUUAAACUUGUGUUUGACACCAUCUCAUGUUACCUGCUGAAUCCCAGACGCAUAAGGAAAACCAUGGAGAAACAAGGAGUGCGUGGCCCGAAACCCCGCGGAGUAACCGGCAACAUGCUCGAGAUGUUCAAGCUAACUUCACAAUCGACCUCGAAAGAAAUGGGAACCAUCCACCACGACCUAGUUGGCCGGCUUUUGCCGCAUUAUGUCAAAUGGUCUAAAUCAUAUGGGAAAAGGUUUAUAUACUGGCAUGGGGUGGAGCCAAGGAUGUGUCUGACAGAUACUGAGCUGAUAAAAGAAUUGAUGACCAAACACCACCUUGUAACAGGCAAAUCAUGGCUGCAACAGCAAGGCUCAAAACAUUUUACUGGGAGAGGUUUGUUAAUGGCGAACGACCGGGACUGGUACCAUCAGCGCCAUAUUGCUUCUCCAGCAUUCAUGGGAGAUAAGCUUAAGAGUUAUUGCGGCCACAUGGUGGAGAGCACUAAGCAGAUGCUCCAAUCACUGCAAAAUGCAGUAAAUUCAGGUCAAACCGAGUUCGAAAUCGGAGCAUACAUGUCUCGGCUUACUGCUGAUAUAAUCGCAAGAACCGAAUUCGAUAGCAGUUAUGAGAAAGGGAAACAAAUAUUCUAUCUUCUGACAUCUCUGCAACACCUUUGCGCUCAAGCAAGCAGGCACUUGUGCUUUCCAGGAAGCCGGUUUUUCCCAACAAAAUAUAACAGAGAAAUGAAGUCCCUGAAGAUGGAGGUGGAUAGAUUACUGAUGGAGAUUAUACAAAGCCGAAAAGAUUGUGUAGAAAUUGGUCGGAGCAGUUCAUAUGGGAAUGAUUUGUUAGGUAUUUUGCUUAAUGAGAUGGAAAAGAAGAGAGGAGACCAAUUCAAACUAAACCUACAGUUGAUAAUGGAUGAAUGCAAAACUUUCUUCUUUGCCGGCCAUGAAACUACUGCUCUUUUACUUACAUGGACGGUCAUGUUACUGGCCACCAACCCUUCUUGGCAAGAUAAGGUUCGAGCUGAGCUCAAAGAGGUUUGCAAUGGCGGAGUUCCCUCUGUUGAUCAACUCUCUAAACUAUCCGUGCUGCACAUGGUUAUAAAUGAGUCAUUGAGACUCUAUCCACCAGCAACGGUCCUGCCACGGAUGGCUUUUGAGAACAUAAAAUUAGGAGAUCUCUUCAUUCCCAAGGGACUAUCGAUAUGGAUACCAGUAUUGGCGAUACAUCACAGUGAAGAAUUAUGGGGAAAAGAUGUGAAUGAAUUCAAUCCUAAUAGGUUCAACUCCAGACCCUUUACCUCCGGUCGACAUUUUAUGCCCUUUGCCGCCGGACCCCGAAAUUGUAUCGGUCAAUCUUUUGCUAUGAUGGAAGCUAAGAUCAUCUUAUCUAUGUUGAUCUCACGGUUUAGCUUCACAAUUUCACAAAGUUACCGCCAUGCUCCGGUGGUUGUCAUGACUCUAAAACCGAAACAUGGAGUCCAAGUGCAUUUGAAGCCAUUGAAUUCUUAAAGCAGGCUGAUUUUGAAGUGGAAUCCUUUGAGUAGACAACUUAGUUUUGAUAUAUACUUACAUUACUACAAGUUUUUGAAAUCGAGAUGUUUAGAUAACCCAUUGGUAUGAAAAAAGAAAUCUAGAAAAAGGAAGUGAAGAGUGAAAACUUGUUUGUUUUUUUGAAGAAGAGUGAGAAGGGUUUUUAAGUAGUUAAUCGAGGGUGCUUCAUAACACACAACUAAACUAUUGUUUAAAGCCACCUUUUCCGUCAUUUUCUUAAUUUAAUUUUUUACAAGGUGCCCAGCUUUACAAUAUACAAAAAAAUAGAUAUAUUAUAAUAAAUAUUGCCAACUCGUAUUUGACAAGAGUAGGGACAGGAUUUUAUUCAA